AUGACCAAGGUCGAACUUCAACUCGUCCAAACCUUGGGCACAUCUGGCGCUCGCGCUAUGGCCGCCUUUGAGAUACAGGGUCGUCAUUACUUGGCGAUCCCUCAAUUAGCGGAGGACAUACCCAAUGGUGCCGUCGGCAUGAAUCUUGGAAAUAGUGACACUACCCUGCUGCUCUACAGACUUCACGAAGGCAGUGGGGAAUAUCAAGUUUUCCAGACGUUGCCGGUCCCUGGUGGUGAAGAUGCCGAGUUUUUCACUAUUGGCGGCCGGAGCUUCCUAGCUACCGCAAGUCUGCGCUCCGGCCAAGGUCCAUAUGAAAUGGAUGUUGAGUCAAUAAUUUUUGAGUGGAAUGGAACCUGUUUUGUCGAGUUCCAGCGCAUCGCCACCUUUGCAGCAAAGCAAUGGAGAUACUUUAGUAUAAAGGGAAGACACUUUUUAGGUCUCGCCCAAGGGGUUCAGCUCCCUAGUCUCAUACCUAAAAUCCCAGCGGACUCCGUCAUAUACGAGUGGGAUGGUAACAAGUUCAAGGCAUUCCAGACAGUUCCGUCAAAAUGGGGUUAUAACUAUCUUCACUUUGCCAUUGGCGAAGAGGACUACCUUGCUUACGCCGACCAUGUCGAGCCAUCAAUCAUUCUGCGGUGGGACGGACAUUCUUUCGUUCAUUUUCAAACUCUCGAUGGUGUACAUGGACGUGCAUUUGCUUUCUUCCAAGAUGGAAAUGAUUCCUAUCUUGCUUUUGCCCUGUUGACAGAGGGUAGCGUUCUCUAUCGAUGGAAUGGCAAGACUUUUGAUAUCCAUCAGACGUUGACUACAGGAUCUGGCGGUCGUGAACUAGCCGUGAUUCAGGAUCAGGGUCAAAUGUACCUAGUACUUGUGAACUUCAUCACAGGAACGAGAGAGAAUCCAGUCACAGACCUUCAGUCGGCGAUUUUUAUCCUGGAAAAUGGUCAGCUCAAAGAAGUAGCCAGAUUCCCAACUUUAGGAGGAACAGACGCCACUCCAGUAGUAAGAGAUGAUCAGAUUUAUCUCAUUGUCGCCGAGAGUCUGACAAAGGAUCAACGUUUCAGGACGGCGUCUCGCGUUUACAAGUUCACUAGCACACAAGAUACCCAGGAAGAAGCUCCAAAAGGGCUUGCGUUCCAGGUCCCCGAGUUCCUUGAGCUCUUCACUGCAUAUACAUCCUCCAAGACGGGCAUUGGCGCUACGCUGACCGAAUCUGAGACGGAAACUACAAAUUCAUUACCGCUGCUGGUGGCAACUAGCUUCGACAUGAUUCUCUUUCCCGGAAAAGGACUUGACCCAUCAUACAUCAACUUUCGCCUCGGAAGCAGAGGUUUCAAGGAGUUGGCUGCAGUUUCACAUCUUGGGCCAGCCCUUGCGUCUCUUAUCCAGAUUCGCGACAAUGGGGUGCCUGAUACGGUAUGGCAGGAACAGGCUCAAAAUCUACUUGAGAAAACACGUGCAUCACAAAAGGUCAACUCGACGGUCCUUUGGAAGAACUUCAUUCAGGCAGAAGCCUUUCAAGGACGUGAAGCCGCUAUUGCUUCCAUGGUGGAUUACGCCUGUACCUUGACUAUAAGAUUCCUCGAAACAGUUCUCGCAGACUCGUCGAAACUAAACGCCGAGUUCUAUCGCGAGAACUACAUUGAAGCAACCGGUGAUGUACUCGGAGCAACAGUGCCCUUCAACGCUGUCAUGAUUGCCACGUUCUUUCUCGUUGGACUCGAUCUUUCCUACCGCUCUCGAAGGUGGCUCAGGUCCAACGACUUUGAUUGGAAAAAAGCCAUGGUAAUCAUUACUGGCCAACAGGGACGUGAAACUUCUGGCGUAACUAUUGGCACCUCAUCUGUUGCUCAAAUCCUCAUUGAGUCAUCAGAUCUGGAUCUUCCACUGGAACGGCUCUACAUUGCACCGCAUGGGGCAGUCCCUAAGGUCCAAGGUCCGGCGACCCCCGAUUCAUUGCGUAUCCAUGAGCAUGGAUUUCGCUUACUGUGGAAUGCCAUGACGGGCAUGACGCAUCUUGGUGAAACCAUGUUCGCACAGUAUCCAGCUUACGCUCUCGAAAACAAUAUGCGACCGGAGAUUAACGCUUCAACAUUAACGGUAUCAGAGCUUCCCAAGAUCUCAAGCCCGGAUGAUUGGUUCGCCAUGAAUACGCGCAUGCGUGUCGUAGUCGAGGAUGCACGGCAGCUUCUUUCUGGAUGCGUCACCGACUAUGCUGCGAAACAACUUCGGAUUGCUCGAGAUGACCUCACCAAAAUUUUCGUUCCAGGGUUGGAUGGCGUUGACUUUUCCUCAAAAAAGAGGCUACCAGGCUAUGGCGAGAGGCAGGACAUCAUAAGACUAUCUACAUACCCAAGACCGAUCAAGAUCAAUCUCCCCGCGCCCAUUCAAACACUUGAUGCGAACGGCGGAGUACUCGCAUUCAGACAAGCCGGUCCAACAAAUGCCGAGCCGAUUGUGUGGAUUCACGGAUUGCCACUCGACAGCCGCUCAUGGUCCGCGCAAUAUGAGGCUUUCGCUGACAAGUACCAUAACAUUUUUGUUGAUCUCCGAGGCUAUGGUGCAUCGUCUAAACUCCCUGUUGACGUCAAGGAUGUAACGCAGCUAUACUGUAGCGACAUUCUCGCCGUGAUGGAUCAUCUCAAGAUUCCCAAGGCGAGCUUCGUGGGAUUCGCGUCAGCUGGACACGUUGCUCUGCGAUUUGCUGCGCAGCAGGCCGAGCGUGUGAAUAAGCUAGUGACUUUGAAUGCUAGCCCCAAAUUUAAGAGGAACGACACUGACUACCCGUACGGCUUUACCGAGGAGCAACUGAACAAUCAUUUUGUUGCAGCCAGCGAUCGAGGCAUCGAGGCAAUUACUAAUGCGGUUCUCGAUCCAGCAAUUGUGUUCCAAGAUCUUACGGCAGAAGAUGCCUCGAGGGUUGUUUCGUGGUUCCGUACCAUGUCUUACAAUGCCGGCACUGACACCCUAAACGGGUUCUUCAAGAUUAUGGCUCAUGACGAUGAUCGUCAGUAUGUUCCUCGAGUCAAGGCCCCAACGCUUUUGAUCUCGUCAUCUCUUGGAAAGGAGGUUCCCGCUACUACAGCAUUGUACUUGCGACAGAAUCUCCAGCAAGCCAAUCUGGUAGAAGUUCCGGACGCGGAUCAUUUUUUACAUGUGACGCGGCCGGCCAUAAUUAACGAGCUCAUCAGUGGCUUUCUUGGCGCUUAG